AUGGGUGGAGUUGGCAAGACAACCCUUGCUCGACUGCUUUACAAUGAUGUUAAGGUGAAAGGGUAUUUUACACAUAAAGCUUGGGCUUGUGUUUCAGAAGACUAUGAUGCUAUUAGGGUAACUAAAACUCUUCUUGAGUCUGUCACUUCAAAACCUUGUAAUAUGACAGACCUCAAUUUGCUUCAAGUUGAAUUAAGAGAACAACUGAAAGGAAGAAAAUUUUUAUUUGUGUUGGAUGACCUAUGGAAUGAGAAAUAUAGUGAUUGGAAGUGCCUCCAAACUCCUUUUACUUCAGGGGCAAGGGGAAGUAAAGUCAUCGUAACAACUCGAAACAAAAAUGUAGCAUCUGUCAUGCAAAAUGUUCCUAUUCAGUACCUAGAACCAUUGUCGCAUGAAAAUUGCUGGCUGUUACUUGCAAAACAUGCAUUUGGAAAUGAAAAUUGUAGUGCACAUCCAAACUUGGAAGAAAUUGGCAAGCAAAUUGCACGCAAGUGCAAUGGGUUGCCUAGAAGCCAGAUUCCUCUACAACCUUGGACUUAA